CCUGAGGCCGCGACAGUGAGUGUCUCUCAUUUGGAAUGGGAGGCCCAGGACGGCAUAUAAUCAGCGCACAAUGCGAUGAGCUCAUGGAAGUGCCUCAUUUCCUUCAUCUCCUCCGCACUUCGUUGACGCCCAUCACUGCUUCAUAGUCGUUGCUAUCCACCACCUCAAGAAUGACGGUCAGCUUUCUCGACCUACCACCAGAGGUGCACUCUCACGUCUCGCACUUUCUCCAUCCGCGCCAACUCGCUCCCAUCUGCUUAGCAAGCCGUGCCUGCUUCGCCAACUACUCUCGUACACUCGACACGCACCUCUGCCUCGACGGAGCCUUUGAAGCAUCGCGUUACUUUCAAAAACAUCGUGAACAUGCCCGCAAGCUGCACUUUUGCUCGCAUGGCCAUCCGAUCAAGCCGCAAUCACCAGUCGACUGCUCUCCCCCGCCGAAACGCCCUCUGCCGGACAAGUUGGACAGCAUCUCCAGCCUAGAGCUCUACGACGUCGGCCCAAUCUACGACGACGUCCAUCCAUUCUCACCUCCACACAUCGCUGCAGCAACCACAUACCCGGGCCACCUCAUCGGCGCAACUCUCUCCCUCUUUUCACCCACGGCCUUGCGCACCUUGCUCGUCCAUCAGUCCCCCUUCCCACUCAACGCGACCCUCGCGUACGCCAUCUCGGAAUGGGCGCCACGCCUCACCCGACUGAGCUUCAGAGCACACUGUGUCGACGCUUCUUCCCUCGGCAGACUUGUCGAGACGCUCAUCGAGUUGGAGGAUCUUGAGGUCGGAUCGGUCAAGACUUGCUGGUGUAGAGGGCACGAGGGAAGAGCAGAGGGGGCAAAGGAUCUGGCGGGCGCCAUUGCUGCGGCCAAGGGGCUCAAAAGAUUAACGAUGCAUUCGAGCAACGUCUUGACAGUCGAGUCGGGCGUCUUCUUUGAUGUGCUUGCAGGGCGUCACAAGAAGUCGUCUUGCCCCGCACACGGCGACGAUGGCGCUGCGUCUACGAGCGACUCCUCCGGCCUCAAGAGUCUCGAGCUGCGACGCUCCCCGGUCCCUGGACGAGCACUAGCACGCUACCUGGCCAGUCCAGCUGCCGGCUCUCUGCAGCGCCUCUUCAUUGGCGGAUGCAAGGAUGUACGAGCGGGGCACCUCGCAUCCGCCUUGGCUCCUCACAACGCUCCCGAACGUUGCGCAUUCACCAGCUCCGACGGUCCACUCCACCUCGAAGUCGACGGGAGACUCAUCUCAUCCGACGUCCUCGCCGCCAUCGGACAUCGCAUCGUCUUCCUGCGCCUCUACCAGCCGGACGCGGUUCAUUGCAAGCUCGUAGGCGAGGCGGCUCAGAAGGGUCAGCUAUCGAGAUGCUCUCAUAUCGUCGUCGUGCCGAGUGGGGAUGACGAAGAGGAAGAUGUGGUGGGGAUCCGCGCUGACUGGACUAGUUCGCUACAGGGAACAGAUGUUGACGUGAGCGUUGGCGACGAGGCGUGGCGCAGCAUGAGGAGAGACCUGGAUGAGAGGAGGGCAUGGGCCGAGGCCAUCGCUCGGGGUGAUGAUAGGCUGGUGGCGGGUGGUGAUGCUCUUGAUGGCCAGCUUUCGGCGACGGCUCCUACACAGCCACGCUUCGUGGACGGCGCUACCUCGUCGUCUUCCUCAACCUCACCAUCACCCUCGCCCCCGCCUACCUCGCCAGCCCCGGCCAAGAGAAGACGCAGCAGCAGCGGCAACCCUCGCAGCAGAAGACGUGGACGCCAUGCUUCACACCAUCAAGCCCAUCAACGAUACCGUAGCGCCAACACUCAGACAGUGACGACGGCUAACGUGACUUCUUGGGAUGCGUGGGGCGCCGGAGGAGGUAUCGACGUAUGGCGGGAUUGAGGCGCGAGACGGACCUGAAGACCAUCAUUGCCUCU